AUGGAACCUCCGGAUAGUUCAUGUCAAAUAGAAAAUGAAUAUGAAGUAGAAAAAGUAUUAGAUCAAAAGGUUAUCAAUGGGAAUAUUUGUUUUGAAAUAAAAUGGAAAGGUUAUGGUCCUGAGUACAACACUUGGGAACCAUCUCAUAAUCUUAAUUGUUCUGAAUUAUUAAACCAUUUUCAUUAUGAACGAAUUCAUAAAAGUAAAAAAUUUGCGUUGGAAAGAUCACGUCAGCAUCUGCAAGAAUAUAAUUCAAAUACGUCCACCAUUAUUAAAAAUGGUACUUCUUCUACACAAGUUUACAAAAAAGAUAUUAAAAAAAUCACCACUACUGGUUUUAAAGAAACACGGAUACAAAGAAGUAAUUUGGUAGAAAAUUAUAAUAAAAGUAAUAGUGGUAACGGUAACGAGGUAAAAAGACCAUUGACAUUAAUUGAACGGUUCCAACAGCAAUCACAAUUUACUUCUAAUAAAAGACUUCGAUCUGUGGCGCCAUUUCAAUCACCCAAAGCUUCUGAAUUUGAAAGGUUUCUUAGGCGCGCUAUUAAGAAUGGACCUCCAAUUUCUGUGGUAAAUGAAAUUGAUGACGCUGGAAUACCAGCAAAUUUUACAUAUAUUGAAAAUUACAUUUAUGGUGAAGGUGUUCCAUGUCAAGCUGAUCUUAAUGAACGAUUAGUGGGAUGUCAAUGUAGAAUGGGAUAUUGUACAGCUAAAUCAUGUUUAUGUUUUACGGAUCAUACUGGAGGGAGAUUAAAUUAUGACCGAACGACAUUUCAAGUAGUGUUAAAACCUGGAAAUAUCAUUUAUGAAUGUAACUCCAAAUGUAACUGCCUUUCUAAUUGUAUUAAUCGAGUUUCUCAGAGAAAAUCUAAUUUGGAUCUGGCAAUUCAAAGGAUUCCUAGCAAAGGUUGGGGUGUAAUUACAAAAAGAAAAAUUCCCGGACGUAUGUUUAUAACAUAUUAUUAUGGAGAAGUAAUAAAAUCAACUGAUGCUGAAAAACGUGGGUCUCAGUAUGAUUCAAAAGGAUUAACUUACCUUUUUGAUUUGGACUAUAAUGCUGAAGAUCAUGAUGAAUGUGCUUAUACUGUAGAUGCUACAUAUUAUGGAAAUUUUUCUCGUUUUUUUAAUCAUUCUUGUGAUCCUAAUUUGGUGGUUUAUCCUCUCAUUAAUGAUAAUGCUGAUAUUAGGUUACAUCAUAUUGCUUUCUUUACCAUUAAAGAAAUUCAAAUUGGUGAAGAAUUAACUUUUAAUUACUUUGGUAAUUUUCAUAAUGAAGUAGAAGGUGGGCUAAAUGAUAUUAAAGAAAAAUAUAUCUGUAAAUGUGAGUCUACAAGUUGUAUUGGAUAUUUUCAUGAAUAA